AUGAUUGUAAUAAAAAAAUCUUUUAAAAAAUAAUCAUUUCAAAAAUAAGUAGAGAGAUUAAAACAAAAUAUAGUAAUAGGAUAUUAGACGAGUAAUUGGAUAAUUGGUAUAGUUAAACAUUUAAUACUGUUGUAAUAUAUUUCUAAUAAAAUUUUGGAUAAACUUUAUGAUUAAAAUACAAUUCUUAUCCCUGCAAUCAUAAGUGCUUUAAUGGUCUUAGCAUUUGAUGUAGAUUAAUUAAUAUUAGAUGGAAAUUAUGGAGCAACAUUUCUAUUCUUUCUGUUACAUGAUGGGAAAUUAUACCUUUUAGCUAUAUAUUUAGUUUCAUUUUCAAAGUUUCAGGAAAUUCAUUAUUAUCAUCCUUUUUUUUUCAUCUUGUAUUCGAAUUAAUCAUAUGUAAUGUUAUUUAUGUAUUCUUUUUAAUUGUAUCAACUUGAGAUACUGAUACCUAUAUAGUAUGGAUUUUUAGACCUAUCCUUUUAUUCUCUUUUGCUUGUGGUUUAUUGA